AUGGCAAACCGCGAGUUUGUCUUCUUUUAUGCCCCUACAUUAGAUUACCCGCCAGAGGGUCCAAUCAAGCUCGGGAACAUUAUCACAUCGGUUAAGAACCCGCAUCGACCCCUCUCCUGUGUUGCACCACCCGAGGACUCCAGCAUAUUCAGAACAGAGAAGAAGAGCGUGCAUUAUACCAAGGAGAAACUGAGAAGUGGAAAGUUUUCUAUCUUGACCAAGUUUCUGAGUGUUCUAGGGUUUGGAAUUGAUGUGGGGGCUGAGAUCGAUAACCAUGACGAGGAGAAGUACAUCUUCAAUACUCUAGAGACAAUCCAGUUCAUUCCUACACCAGCUUAUGUCCAACAAUGUGUCGAAUCUGACAACGUCCGCCGCUUUCUUGAAACCUCUCGAUAUCGUAAACCAGUCUACAUCAUCACUGGAAUCAAAGUUGUCAACGGGGCCGAGGCCAAUACCCUAAAGUCCCGCACCGUGGGCGGUACAUUCGCCGUUGAAGUCGAUGGCACAUUGUUAAGCGGUGGCGCUGUUCCUAUUGGUGGCGGUCCUGGGAUAGAAGGCAAAGUGGGCAAUUCUGUCAGUACAAGCUGGGCUGGUAGCAGCGAUUUUGUGUUUGCGUUUCGCGUGAGCAAAGUUUAUGUGGGAAAGGCGACGGGUCAGGUACUCAAAGAAGAAGACUAUCGCAAAGGAGCAAUGCUUGGCGACGAGAUUGAGGAAGCCCAUAUUCCACAAGUCUCUGUCCUCAAGGUUGAAGAUCCCGACGCCCAAGCUGAAGGCUUUGAUAGAGAGGAAUUGAGGGAAGAUGAAGAUGUGGUGCGGUGUGCUAUUCCCAGGGAGGAAUACUCAGAUUAUUGA